AACGCGUCACAUAACAUUCGACAAAUCAGCGCAUUGGGCGGGAGUAAGCCAGGAGAAAAAUUCCGAAGAGUUUUUGCAAAUUUCCGAAUUCAUUUAAAAUCCAACACCACAAAAUGCGUGAGAUCGUUCACAUCCAAGCGGGCCAGUGCGGCAACCAGAUCGGAGCCAAGUUCUGGGAAGUCAUUUCUGAUGAGCAUGGCAUCGACCCAACCGGCACAUACCAUGGUGACUCCGACUUGCAGUUGGAGAGAAUCAAUGUUUACUACAAUGAAGCCACCGGAGGCAAAUAUGUACCCCGAGCCGUACUGGUCGACCUGGAGCCAGGCACCAUGGACUCUGUCCGCUCUGGUCCAUUCGGUCAGAUCUUCAGACCCGACAACUUUGUCUUUGGACAGAGUGGAGCUGGGAACAACUGGGCCAAGGGUCACUACACCGAGGGGGCUGAGCUGGUAGAUUCCGUACUGGAUGUUGUGCGGAAGGAAGCAGAGAGCUGUGAUUGUCUACAGGGAUUCCAACUGACGCAUUCCCUUGGCGGCGGCACUGGCUCAGGCAUGGGAACACUUCUCAUCAGCAAGAUCCGUGAGGAGUACCCAGACCGCAUCAUGAAUACCUUCAGUGUUGUCCCCUCCCCCAAGGUGUCAGACACCGUGGUGGAGCCAUACAAUGCGACACUGUCUGUCCACCAGCUUGUAGAAAACACAGACGAGACCUACUGCAUCGACAAUGAAGCCCUGUAUGACAUCUGUUUCCGCACCCUGAAGUUGACAACCCCAACCUACGGCGAUCUCAACCACCUUGUGUCUGCUACCAUGAGUGGUGUUACCACCUGCCUGAGAUUCCCUGGUCAACUCAAUGCCGACCUUCGCAAGCUGGCUGUCAAUAUGGUGCCUUUCCCUCGUCUCCACUUCUUCAUGCCUGGCUUUGCUCCCCUGACCAGCAGAGGCAGCCAGCAGUACCGUGCCCUGACCGUUCCCGAGCUGACCCAGCAGAUGUUCGAUGCCAAGAACAUGAUGGCUGCAUGCGACCCUCGUCAUGGCCGCUACUUGACCGUUGCAGCUAUGUUCCGUGGCCGUAUGUCCAUGAAGGAAGUUGAUGAGCAGAUGCUGAACGUGCAGAACAAGAACAGCAGCUACUUCGUGGAAUGGAUCCCCAACAAUGUCAAGACCGCUGUCUGCGACAUCCCGCCACGAGGCCUCAAGAUGUCCGUUACCUUCAUCGGCAACAGCACAGCCAUCCAGGAGCUGUUCAAGCGCAUCUCUGAGCAGUUCACCGCUAUGUUCAGGCGCAAGGCUUUCCUGCAUUGGUACACCGGCGAGGGUAUGGAUGAGAUGGAGUUCACUGAGGCUGAGAGCAACAUGAACGACUUGGUGUCUGAGUACCAGCAGUACCAGGAUGCAACGGCUGAGGAGGAAGGCGAGUUUGAUGAGGAAGAGGAAGAAGGCGACCAAGAGCAAUAAUCAUCAGAAGUGACGUGAACCCAUAUGGAACCCACCAAGCACCGGCAUAACUACACCAGUUCAGGACUAAACCUGUCCAUCUGUACGUUCGUGGUAAAGGAAAACUGGACAGCUUUAGUGUGCCUGAACUUUGUUGCUGCAGAAAAAAAAUCCAAACUUCACUUAGAGACAGGGUAAACCAUUCCUCAAACAAAUGGACGUCCACUUUCAGCCACAGUAAUUCUCAAUGUACAGGUUUUGGUUUAAGUUGAAAAAUACAGAAACCACUUUUACUUUCUUUCAUUCCAAUAACCGCAUUGUGUAUGUCCUGUGGUACCGUUUACAGUCAUUGUGUUUGUACCUGUAACAAGUUCCAAAGAAUUUCAAGACAAUAAAACAGGAAGUGAAGACAAACUCA